AUGGCGAAGCAGCCGCACAUCCCCCCCUUAAUUGGGUGGUUGUAUGACCUCGUUCUAUGGACAUUCUCGGUGCUUGUGGACCUUUUCUUCAGGGAGGUGCACCCGCGAGGGUCUUGGAAGAUCCCUCGGAAGGACCCUAUGAUUAUUGUCGCGGCCCCUCAUGCUAAUCAAUUCGUUGAUUCGUUGGUUCUUAUGCGUGCGUUGCGCAUCGAAGCUCAUCGCCGCAUCUCAUGGCUCAUUGCGGAAAAAUCAUUCCGGCGCAAGUUUAUCGGCCUACUAGCUAGAGGUAUAGGCACAGUCCCCGUCGCCCGAGCAAUGGACAACAUGAAGGUCGGCACUGGAACGAUCUAUCUGCCGGAUCCUGUGAAUCAGCCAACCCUGGUGCGCGGCGUGGAUACCAACUUUGAAGGACCCGGAUUCGAAAAGGACGGCACAAUUGCUCUGCCUACUAUCAAUGGAACUUCACAUAGUGGAACAAUUGCGGAGAUUCGAGGCCCGGAGGAAUUGAUCUUGAAGAAGCCUUUCAAAGCUCGAGAUGCUUUAUACCAACUUACCGGGCGGAAAGUCAUCACGGAUGACGGCCAAUUUACGGGAAAUUCGUCGGACAAAGAUCUGGCUGGUUUCAGGGGCUCCAAGUUCAAGGUCUCUCCUCACGUAGAUCAAACGGCAGUCUACGAGGCAGUAUUCGCCCGGCUUAAUUCUGGUGGCUGCGUUGGUAUCUUCCCCGAAGGUGGUAGCCAUGAUCGCACUGAAUUGCUUCCCUUGAAAGCUGGUGUCGCUCUGAUGGCCCUCGGAACGCUGGCGGAUAAUCCGGAUUGUGGCCUGAAGAUUGUACCCUGUGGAAUGAACUACUUCCACGCCCACAAGUUUCGAUCCCGCGCGGUCAUUGAGUUCGGAACCCCAUUCGAGGUUCCAAGAGAACUCGUCGAACAGUAUAAACGCGGAGAAAGAAGAGAGUCGGUCGGUGCCCUGUUAGACACUAUAUACCAAAGCCUGGUUGCAGUGACGGUCACUGGCACUGACUACGAAACUCUUAUGGUUAUCCAGGCUGCUCGCCGCCUUUACAACACCAGGGGCAAGAAGCUCCCACUGCCCAUGGUCGUUGAGCUGAACCGACGCUUGGUCAAAGGAUAUACGCAUUUCAAAGAUGAUCCCCGUAUUGUGCAUCUGAGAAAGUCCAUUGCGGACUACAAUCACCAACUGCGUCUUCUGGGUAUCCGCGACCACCAAGUCGAUUAUGCCAAGUUCAGAUUCUUUCAAGUGAUCUUCACAUUAAUUUCCCGCCUGGUCAAAUUAGCCUUGCUUGCCAUUGCAACGCUCCCCGGUCUGCUUCUGUUCGCCCCCGUUUUCAUCGCCACGAAAUUAAUCUCCAUCAAGAAAUCUAAGGAGGCCCUGGCUGCCUCCACAGUUAAAUUGCAGGGGCGGGAUGUUAUGGCAACGUGGAAACUUCUGGUUGCUCUCGCCUUUGCACCGGCCCUUUAUGCAUUCUACACGGCGGCUUUCACCUUCUGGGCAUACCACAAUCGGAUCCGAGGGAUCGUCCCAGACCAAAUGCCACUGUGGCUGAUCGUGCCUAUUGGUAUGAUCCUGUUUCCGACCAUCACAUUUGCGGCUCUUCGUAUUGGGGAGGUUGGCAUGGAUAUCUUGAAAUCCCUUCGUCCACUGGUCCUAUCGUUGAAUCCAUCCUCCGCCAACACCCUCGUCAAACUUCGACAACGACGCGCUGAGCUGGCUCAGCAAGUCACCGAUGCCAUUAAUACUCUGGGCCCUGAAUUAUUCCCAGACUUUGACGCGGCGAGGAUCGUGACGGAUCCCUUCCGCGAGAUCAACCGUAGGCCGGAUGAGGAACCGCUUCCGAUUCCUGAGAUCCGACGAGUGAGUACUACGGAAUUCGGCGAGGGUUCUCCAACCCAAGAGCCCCUUCCCCGCAACGAAUCGUUCCAUAACCUGGCCAACAUCGGCUUCUUCUCGACGCGACCUCCGAGUCGCAGCCGCAGUCGCAGUAGCUCCUUCGGAGGUCGGCCUGGCUCGUCUGGACAGCAACUGAAGCCACUCAGCCAAGUUAUCACCAAUGACGGAUUCGAAGAGCCUGAUGGACACAGCCCUACCAGCCAGGAUCUCCGUCGUCUGCUGUCCCUAGUCGACUGGCCACUCUCUGAACCCACUCCCAUCUCAAUCGCCCCGUCUCGCCUCCUCCCCCGUUGCUCCGCAAAUCCUCUCCCUGACACCGCUUCCGAUCCGCCAACUCUCAGCAUCUCCGUGGCCACUCCCUCAACCGUCAGUUGUCGCCGUCGCUCUCGUUUUCCGAACGCCAUGUCGACAUCAAUGCACCUGUCCCGUCUUCGGAAAUGGUUCCUUGCAUCUCCGCCAAUCGAGUUCGCUCUGUCCAGGCUUCGAGAGUUGCUGGUUGGAGCACUCAGGCAAGGGCCAGUUCCACAACAUAUUGCUUUUGUGAUGGAUGGGAACCGAAGAUUUGCCCGAACACACGGGAUCGAAACGGUCGAAGGGCAUAACUUGGGAUUUGAGGCACUGGCUAGGAUCCUCGAAGUUUGCUACCGAAGCGGUGUGAAAGUGGUCACGAUCUAUGCAUUCAGUAUUGAAAACUUCAAGCGAUCGAAGUUCGAGGUGGAUUCCUUGAUGGAAAUGGCUCGGGUGAAGCUUGCUCAGAUGGCCCAACACGGUGAAAUUCUAGAUCGUUAUGGCGCCAAGGUCCGCAUCUUGGGUCGGUUGGACCUUCUCCGACCGGACGUACUCGCCGCGGUAAGCAAGGCGGUCGACAUGACCGCUAACAACGGUGAUCGAGUUCUCAACAUUUGCUUCCCCUAUACCUCUCGCGACGAGAUCACCGGCGCCAUUCGGGAUACCGUCGCCGAAUAUAGCCAGCCGCUAGACUCAGCUCACGCAGCGUCCGUCGGAUCGCGGACUCCCUUCUCGGAGAGUCACAUCGCGUUGAACAUCCGAGCGCAGCAUCAUAAAACGGAGGAAAGCGGUAGUGAUGUCGACUCAUCAUCUGAAUCUUUGUCUCAAGGCGAGGACGGUCAGCCGAAACCAGAUCGUCUGAACAGGAUUUACGAGUCGGGCUCUUCCUUCUCGUCCUCGACUACCCUUCACCUCGGCGGCCACCAGGAGGCAGCGAACGGCAAAACUGCCGUCUCAAAUGAGUCGGGUCGCUCUGUUUUUAGGUCGCCGGAAACCAUCACGCGACAAACGUUAUCAGAACAUCUUUUCACGAAGGACACCCCCCCUCUUGACCUACUCAUUCGUACAUCCGGCGUCGAGCGUCUCAGCGAUUUUAUGCUCUGGCAAUGUCAUGAAGAUACGGAGAUUGUUUUCCUCGAUGUGUUAUGGCCUGAAUUUGAUCUGUGGCAAUUCCUGCCGGUCAUGUUAGGAUGGCAACGGAGGAUUUCGAAGUCGCGCAAGAAUCCCGAGGCCGAAGGGAAUUUUGACGGAGACUCGUCAGAAUCUCCCGAGGAAGAUGAGAAGGUCAAGGGGUUGUAG